AUGCAUGCCAACGUUUUGCUAGGCCUUGGCCUCUUGGCCGAGACUGCUUUAGCAGUUCCCUACCCUGCUUCAAAGAAAUGUAAGCGUUCGACUGAAGUAGUCACAGAGAUUGUCACUGCCAGUCCAGUGCUGGUAGCAAACGUUACCCUCACUCCCGUCCUCAGCCCGAGUUCGGAUGAGACUACAAUUACCCCUAGCUCGACUGACGAGGCUACUUCCACCGCCGAAACAAUAGAAGAUGAUGAUGAGGGACAAGGUAUCCAAGACGUUGCCCAAAACGAAACGGCUACAACCCCCGGGGGCAUGGCCUUCUCAACUUCUGUCCUUGUUGAUACACAGACCGUAUUCCUUACAGAUAUGCUCUCGGAUUCUACAACCACCUCGGUCACAGUCAUUCAAUCGUCAACUCUCUUGGUUUCAGCUACUUCAACUCUGAGUACUACCUCGACCGUGUUAGAGACUAGGGUGGCUUCUACCACAGUAAUAUCUAUCGUCAGUACAACUGACAUGGCCCUUCUCACCUCGACCACCCUUACUACACAUGAGGCCACCACUACUGAGACGCAGGUUGUGACUUCGACUGUAGAUGCUACGUCGACCAUCCUUUUGACAGACGUUGAAUCUACAACUACGACUGAACUUGUUACAUCCAAUGUAACAAACACAGUGUUCUUCAUGGAGAGUUCAGCCACUACCGUAGUCGAGAGUGUUACUUCGACUGUCAACGCUACUCAGACCAUCUUUUCAACCGAUGUCGAUUCCACCACAACCAUCGAGACCGCCACAUCGACAUUGUUUAUAACCGCUUCUACUGCUACUAUGGAGACAGAUGUUACCACUUCGACAAACCUUGUAACUUUUACUGUCAGCAUUACAGAGACUGUAUUGGUCACAAAUCCUGUCACUACUACUUCAACUGCUGUUGUCACCUCAACAUCAGUUGUCAGCUCUACUUUAACUAUCUUUAUCACUGACUCCGUCGAAACAACACAGACGGAAAUUGUCACAUCGACUGCCGUUGUCGAGUCUACUUCUACCAUCCUUACCACCGCCGUUGCUUCUUCUACCGUCACAGAGACUGCAACUGUUACUUCGACUUCAGCAGUCAAUUCCACUUCCACUAUUUUGAACACUGUCCCUGAGACAGUGACCACAACCGAGACUGAUGUUACCACUGUCGCCUCAACUAUCUCUACUACACAGACUGUGGUCUCCGAAACCACAUCGACUACACUCAUAGCUGAUACAACAAUCAGUACCAACGUUGUCUCCACCACCGAGGUAGCGUCAACUACAGUGACGGGUACUUUGUUCGUUAUCGGUUCAAAUGUCGACUCGUCAACCACCACUUCCACUGUAAUUACUACCAUCACUGCCGCAGACAAUGUUUCCGACUCAGAAACAACUCCAGAGGCUGUUGCCCUUGUCACGGCUACAGUCACUCAAGUCUCUACCACUACAGUCGCCUCGGAAGAAACCAGUUCUUCCGCAGCUCUUGCAAAGAGAUCAGUGCCACCUGUAAGGCCUCAAUCUGAAGCUGCGGCUGCUUCUGCUUCGAGUCCUCCACAGGUGGCCAAGUCCAUGAACGAGACUACUACCGGAGUUGCCCCUACCUCCGAGUCCGCACCGUCCAACACUAUAGCCUUGACCAGUACCACUGCCGCUGUUUCUGCUCAGGAUUCUCCUGCUUCGUCCUCUGUUUCUACCCUGUUCGACGCCGCUACGACGUCAAACUACACUAAGGCCGGUACCAGCACGAGUAUGACAACAGUUGUCAUUUAUGUCACAGCUACUCCUGACGCUCCUUCUUCUGAGCCUGCAAAGCCUGUUGAGGACGCAAAAGGCCCUGAUACGGCUGCCGAUAUUGCUACAAACACCACCACUACUGUUGCUGCUGUAAUUACUACCAGUGUGGCCACUGUGACUGUCACUGCUGGGGCUAUAUCUGUAUCUGUCUCUGAAUCCGAGUCUGAAUUGUCCGAGUCAACUAUGGUAAGCUCCAGCACGGAGCCUGCCACCACAAUUGUAUCUACUUCUGUAGAUGCGCCAACCUCGGAACCUACCUCUCAAUCCGCUUCCGCGCCCACAGCUCAGGAUACCGUUGAGUCUACCACGGAACCAGCAGCAGACCCUACCACUGAGUCUAGCUCCGAGGAGCCCAUUCCAGAAUCUACUUCCGAGUCGGUCCUUGAGUCAGCCACCCAGUCUACAGCUGACAGUACCACUGAGCCUACUGCAGUUUCGGCAGCAAAACCUACCACUGCAUCUAGCUCUGAGUCCACUCCCAGAUCUACUUCCGCGCCGGCCUCUGAGACAACGUCUCAGCCUACCGUCGAGAGUGCCACUGAAUCUACAGGUUCGGCAGCAGAAUCAACUACAGAGUCUAGCUCUGAAUCUACUUCUGAAUCGUCCACAACCAGCCAAGUUCAAGUCCCAGCUGCAACAACAUUCACUACCACAGUGACCACGAUCAGUACUACAACUGAAUGGGUAUUUAUCGCUACACCUUCUAGCUCAGCAACAGAGAGUUCCAGCACGGUCAACUCGAGCGAAGAGGGCGAUUCUGCAACUCCAGCCCCCGCUGAAGAAUCGGCCACUUCCACUUCAACCUCUGCUACCACAAGAAGCACCGUUGAUGCUGCUCCUGAAGAUGGCGCUCCCGUGCCUGAUGACCCUAUCCCACUCAAUUGGAAAGACAAGAUGACUCGUUUCCAUUUAUGGUAA